AUGAACGCUAAACGGUUCUUCCGUAGGUCUUCGGUCCAUGCGGGGUGGGGUCCUGCUGGGACUUCCGAGGACCACGUCUGUCAGAGAACAUCCCGGCCCCAACUUGAGUGCUCUGUGCUCACAGCCCAGAGAUGGGAACCAGUGAGGCUCCUUCUAAAGAGACUCAGGGCUGAGGUGAAUGGACGCCAAUCUAAGAGACUAGGUCAGGGCCAGAUCCUGACAACCUCCUUCACCAGGUCUGAGGACCUUCGGCCUCCUCGUGUCAGGCCAGAGGGUCCUGCUCCUUGCUCUGGGAACCUUGACCUCGGACCAGCUUCCACCUCCUUCACCAGGUCUGAGGACCUUCGGCCUCCUCGUGUCAGGAACCUCUCCCCAGUCGUCACAGCUGCUUGUCUAGACGGUAAACGCCUAUGGGAUAAAGUGCCCAGGCUGGCAGGGCAGAGGUACAAGGGUUCACCAUGUAGGGAUGACCAUCUGCUUCGAAGUGCUGGAAGGGUUAUCUCCAAGUAUCAUACCUUGUGCCAUCCCUCAUUCUGGCCUCUGUACGAAGCAGCCUCAGGCAGAGGCCUCAGGGCCAGCCUAGCAGGACAUCAGAGUGGAGAGCAGCCGCCCAGGGAUGCAGGGUUCCCAGUGAUGUGCUGUGAGGAUGUCUUCCUUUCUGACCCUCUGCUGCCCUGUGGGCAGUGUGUUCCCCUGUACCUGUCUCAGGCCCCUCAGCAGGUGAUGGGCUCUCUGAAGCUGCUGGUCCCACCCCCAGGCAUGUCCCCCUGGGUCCUCCCCACUCCAUCCUCUGGCUGCUCCACCGCCUGGCUCAGGGGGCCUGAGCCGAUCGCCCUCACUGGCCUCCUGCAGAUGAGCCAGGGGGAGCCAGGACCCAGCUCCCCGGGGGCUCCCAUGCCCCCUGCUGGCCCCCCAGACCCUGCCUCUGACCACCCAGGUGCCGGUGGUGGCCAGAGCUGUUCUCACUGGGUGGACCCAUCUCCCCCACGGGCCCCGGACAACCAAGGUCCAUAG